GAGCGCACGAGCUCCACCGGCAUCUCUUCGGCCGUGAGACAGACCAGCGUUUGCUGCUGCAUCACAUUUCUAUGUUUUGUUUCCUUCACAUCUAAAAACAGCGUCACCCAUCAUCAGUUUUUAAUCCGUUUUUUUUACUUCAGUUCCCCCGACGCCACUUGCAUGCAUUGUUCGUCUCCAAAAAUGGUUUGCGAGACUAAAAUAGUUGCGGACGACCCCGACGCCAUAGCUGGGAACCAAAAAGAUUCUCUGAUCGUUUCCUCUUCGCAGAUGUGGACGUCGAAUUCCGAUGCGUUUGAGCGCAAAGACGCGAAACGGGAGCAGGUUUUAAUCCGCGACUUUGCAGGCGGCGAUGAGGCAGAGGUGCGCCGCAUCUUCACUGAGGGCAUCAUGGAGCGGAUCCCCAACACGGCCUUCCGUGGCCUCAAACACCAACCACACACUCAGAUCAUGUACGCUGUGAUCACAGUAAUGUGCUUUGUUAUGACCAAGUCGCUCAUGCUGAUAUGCUGCACACCUUUCAUUCUAAUGGGAGCACGCUAUUACUAUAGCAGAAAAGUCAUCCUCAACUACUUGGACUGCGCACUCCACACAGAUAUGGCUGAUAUAGAGGCGUACUACAUGAAGCCCACAGGUUCUUCGUUCUGGGUGGCGGUGCUGGACGGUCAGGUGGUGGGCAUUGUUGCAGCACAGGGACGAGAAGAAGACAACACGGUAGAACUGCGACGCAUGUCUGUGGACUCUCGUUUCCGUGGGAAGGGCAUCGCCAAGGCGCUGGGACGACGCGUCCUAGAGUUUGCUAUGAUUAACAACUACUCAGCCGUGGUUCUGGGGACGACAGCCGUCAAGAUGGCCGCCCACAAGCUCUACGAAUCUUUGGGUUUUCAAAAGGUGGGCGAGACUGAGAACUACACUCUGCCUGGAAUGAGCUGCUCACUGAUGGAAAGGCUCUUCUUCCAGAUCCGCUACAGCCGCUACCGGCUACAGCUCCACGAGGAGUGAGAGUGUGAGAGAAUGAACGAAAGCGUGAGCGAACGAGUGGAUGUAAGAAAGCGUGUGAGAGUAUGAACACCGACCACAAACCUUAAAUCACCUAAACCCAGUCCACCUCUUAAACUUUAUUAUUUUUUUUCUAAAUCACAAAUGUUAUUUUUACCACUAUUUCUAUUAAUAUCGUAAUGGUUUUUUUUGUUUUUUGUUUUUUUUUAACAUUUUACGUUAAUCAUUUCUAUCAUAUUUUUAUCAGUACCAAUGGAACCGCCCACUUAGUUCAUAUAUGCUAAUAUAUACAAAAAGUAAGGAUAAAUCCCUCACAUCUUAACAAGAGUAAAAUGCCACACAACACAGACAAUAGGUCGGUCUGUCAGACUCUUUAAAAUCUGUUGUAAGGGCUGAUCUGAUAGCUAGCACUGACUUUUCUCAAAGAUCGCAGAAUAAAUAGAGGGGUGUACAGAGGAAAGGAGAACGGAUACAGUUACAAUUCUCUUUCCAACGUCACACUUCUCUGUUAAACGUACACAAACGCAGGUCUUGUACCUCAGAAGACGGAAAGGCUGGUGACUCUAGCAGUCAAACAAACAAUAUUGACUAAAGCACAGCAAGUUUUUCUAUGUCUUAAGAACAAGAAGAGAACUAAACAGUGAAGUUAGCACCAAGUGAAGGAACUCCUAGUUAAUCCUGCACACAGUUUAACUGGGAGUGAACUCAAAAGUGGUGAUUUUACUGUAAGGAAGGAAUCCUACUAUACAUAUACAGUAUAUAGUAACUGAUAUUUUGCCUCUAACUCUUCCUUUUUUUUUUUUUUUAUCACAGGUCAGUCUCUCAAUCUUUCCUUUUGUUUUGCUGGAACAGAUCAGAUAUUGCACAGAUUGUAUUGCUGUAUAAGAUCUAUAUUGUAUUAUGUCUAAAUAUGACAUGUCUUAAUGUGAUAUAAUACCUACUUAUUUAAACUGGAAUUAAUUGGACCUAGAUGAACAAGGUAUUCAUUUGCAGUCAGUGAAAUUUGAUUUGAUGUUGACACACACAAAAAAAAGGAACCUUCAUUCCAAAUUGAGCAUUUCUAUUGAAAUAUUGCCAAGUUUAAACAAUGCAAAUCGAUACGAUCGCAGUAUUAUUGACUGUAAUAUGCGUCUGUUAUCGGUGCAUUUAACAAAGCUUGGCUGGUCAAACAUAAAUCUGAGCACAAAUUUGGAUUAGACAAGAUGACUGCAUAAAUCUAUACAAUAUAUAUUUAAGCCUUUAUGUUUUACAUAUAUUUGGAAUAUGUAAAUGUGAAACAUUUGAAUACAUAUCUAUGACAGAUAUAACUGAAAAUCUCUCACCAUAUCAAUUCUCCUAUGAAAGUACCAGCAGUGGGAGAGAUACAAGCCACA